GUGCUGCUGAGGGACUACAAACUGCGCUUCUCAACGCCGUCAGCUUCCACUUCCUGCAAGAACAGGGUUCUGUUCAGCAUUCUAUCAUCACAGAUCUGCAGCCUGAGGGAGGUGAAGACUUCACUGGAGCUGCUUGAGCCAGAGAAAGGAUACUACAGCGUCCCCAUCGCCACCCUGGAUUUCUCCUCUCUGUACCCCUCCAUCAUGAUGGCCCACAACCUCUGUUACACCACCCUGCUUCAGAAGGGCUCAGCGGAGAAGCUGGGUCUGACCCCAGAGGACUUCAUCAAGACUCCCACAGGAGACCUGUUUGUUAAGAGCUCGGUGAGGAAGGGACUUCUGCCUGAUAUCCUGGAGGACCUGCUCUCUGCCAGGAAGAAGGCCAAAGCGGAGCUGAAAAAGGAAACGGAUCCUUUCAAGAAACAGGUCCUCGACGGUCGACAGCUCGCUCUCAAAAUCAGCGCCAACUCCGUCUAUGGCUUUACAGGGGCUCAGGUGGGCAAGCUGCCCUGCCUUGAGAUCUCACAGAGUGUUACUGGGUUUGGCAGACAGAUGAUUGAGCAGACCAAACAGCUGGUGGAAUCCAAGUACACCAUCGCCAACGGUUACCAAGCCGAUGCCAAGGUCAUCUACGGGGACACGGACUCCGUCAUGGUCAAACUGGGCGUGGACACUGUGAGCAGGGCCAUGGAGGUUGGGAGGGAGGCGGCAGAGUGGGUCUCCUCCCACUUCACCCCUCCCAUCAAACUGGAGUUUGAGAAGGUGUACUACCCCUAUCUGUUGAUCAACAAGAAGCGCUACGCAGGCCUCUACUUCUCCUCCAGCGCCGACACUCACGACAAGAUGGACUGCAAGGGUAUCGAGACGGUCCGCAGAGACAACUGUACCCUGGUGGCCAAUCUGAUCAACACCUGCCUGCAGACCAUUCUGAUAGACCGAGAUCCCCAGGGUGCGGUGGCCCACGCCAAAGAGGUCAUCUCUGACCUGCUGUGUAACCGCAUCGACAUCAGCCAGCUGGUUAUCACCAAGGAGCUGACCCGCACAGCCCAGGAGUACACUGCCAAGCAGGCGCAUGUGGAACUGGCCGAGAGGAUGAAGAAGAGAGACGCGGGUAGCGCCCCCCAACUGGGAGACAGAGUUCCCUAUGUCAUCAUCAAAGCUGCCAAAGGAGUAGCAGCAUACAUGAAGUCUGAGGAUCCAAUCUAUGUUCUGGAGAACAACAUUCCCAUUGACACCCAGUACUACCUGGAACAACAGCUCUCCAAGCCACUGCUCCGCAUCUUUGAGCCCAUCCUGGGAGAGAGCAAAGCAGAGAGCGUCUUACUGAAGGGGGAUCACACGCGCUGUAAGACAGUGUUGACCUCCAGGGUGGGGGGGCUCAUGGCCUUCGCCACCAAGAGGAGCGCCUGUAUCGGUUGCAGAGCAGUGCUGAAGGACGAUGCGGCUGUGUGUGAUUUCUGUAAGAAGAAGGAGUCUGAACUGUACCAGAAAGAGAUCUUACACUUAAGUACUCUGGAGGAGCGCUUCUCUCGCCUGUGGACACAGUGUCAACGCUGUCAGGGCUCACUCCAUGAGGAUGUGCUCUGUACCAGCCGGGACUGUCCCAUAUUCUACAUGAGGAAGAAGGUGCAGAAAGAUCUGGAUGAUCAGGAGAAGCUGGUGUCUCGCUUUGGAUGGUGAGAGACAGAACCAACAGACUCCAUAUUCACCGGCUCCCCUCUCUCUCUCCCCACUCUUUCUCAGACUCUCUCCCUCUCCUUGAAAGGAUUUGUACUGUAUUUUCUUCUUGUAAGAAUUGUAAAUGUUACACUUAGACUUUUUUCUUGAAUUAUGAAUCUAAAUAAAUUACAUCUUUUUGUAGAAAUGUGUCUUAC